AUGGUUUAUACACGUACCGUACUCAGCACUUUCUUAGUUGUUGGAAAUGCCUUUGUAUUCGCCGCUCCUGUUUCUGAGAGCAAUACCGGCGGUCUCGCGACCGAGAUUUCUUCAUUGCGCUCCAGCUCUGGACCAGGCAGAGAAGGUUCUUCCAACAGUGGUGAGCUCAAGAAUAAUAAACGUUCCUCCCCGCAGCAUGGCUCACCGGAUCCGUGGUCCCCUGCUUCUACUGCCACUGGUCUCGAGAGUUUAGACCGGGAAGAUUCUCUCGCUCCUUACGGAACCCCAACCAACCCCCCCGACCGAGACGACCCUCAUCCCGCCCCCAAUUCCCAUACCCUUAUCGACUCUAAUACACCCAAAAAGGAGAUCAAACAGAGAAUAAAUAAUUUAGUGAGAUAUGGGCCUCUCAGGGAAAGGGCACAAGAGCUCCUGUCAAAUGAACAUCCUCCGCAACCGCACCUUUGGAACAUCUUCCUGGGUAUUUUCAGACACCCGUCCCAUGACCAUGACCAUGUGCUCAUUAAAUGUGACGAUCUACUCACUGACCUGAAGGAUGUCCCAGAUACAACAAUUCAGCUUCAAGCAAUCCUCCUUUGGAUCACUCCCGCUAUUUCCCAAACUGACAGAGAGCAAUUGACGAAGAUUGUUGGCAAGCUGAAAGCUGAUCCUAUGGACAAGGGCAGGAUAAAAUGGGGUCAAUGCAUUCCCAGCAUGUAUCUCAAGUACGAUUUAAUGUUCUUCAACGCGGCUUUCAACAUGCGUUCCCGCGCGCUUGACGACGUGUUUGAACGUCAGAAUUCACACUCUGUUUCGGACUUCCUGACAGAUUCUCAAGAACUUCGUCUUUCUGCCAGAGAUACGCAAGGCGCCCAUUGCUGUAAAGUUCCUCUUACUUUUACUUAUCCUUUGGUUGUUGAAUAUUCGCUCAAAUCAGGUGGUAGCGAGAGUAAAUGUGUCACAAGCGAAGGGGGUCCGAAAAGUCCCAGCACCGGUGGUAUAAAACAUCGUCGCCGUCGUGCCUACGGUGACGACUUGGAUUGA